GGGUAAUGACAUGCUCUCCUAGAUGCUCACGAUUGUUGCAAUUCAAGCAGAAAUAAAGCAGUUAGAUCAAUUCAAUAUGAAUUUUUUCCAUGAUUUAAUUCCAACAGACUUCAAGUACUGGGAAGACACUAGCGAUGACUUUAGACCACUUGAAGGUUCCCUACUGCCACUCUGGAAGUUUACUAGUUACAAGACUCGUGACCUAAUGGUGGCUGACAUCUCCUGGAGCCCAACCUACCCAGAUCUCCUGGCUGCUGCCUAUACUCCAGGUGAGAUGAGCGGGCCUGAUGAGGCCGGUGGACUCUUGUGCCUCUAUACACUUAAGAACCCUGGUGUCCCCGAGAGGUAUCUGCCCACUCCUUGCGGCCUUACUUCUGUCCAGUUCCACCCCACGCAUGAGAGUGUACUGGUUGCUGGUAGGACUGAUGGUGCGGUGAUGGUGUACGACGCGCGCCAGGCGCUACUACCCCGGGUAGUAACAUCCUCCACCACCAGUGGCAAGCACCUCCUACCUGUAUGCCAGGUCAAGUGGGUACCAACAGAACCAGGUCAGAACCUAAGCUUUUACUCCGUGGGUGACGAUGGGAGAGUAUCUGAGUGGACUGUACGCCCCUCUGCACUUGACGUCACAGACUUGCUGGACUUCAAGACUCAUGCUAUUACAACGUCAUUUAAGGGAAUAGCAACGUGUGUGUCAUUCAAGCCGGUGGACAAAAGUAUCCUACUAGUGGGUCUGGACACUGGCGUGGUGCUGGAGAUGUGUCUCACUGCCUCCUCACACCCAUAUAUUCUUUACACCGCCCACAAAGCGCCCAUCAGAGCCAUUGUCUGGAAUUCACAUCACCACCAAUUAUUCGCAACAUGUUCACUGGACUGGAUGCUCAAAAUCUGGAUGCAACACUACACUUGUGCCCUCGUGACGCUGGACCUCGGGGCUCCGAUGUCAGGACUGACCUGGUGCAACUACAGCAGCAGCGUCAUCGUGGGCGUGACAGAGGACGGUCGUGUGCAUGUGUAUGAUUUAUUCCUACACAAGUGUCGGCCGCUGUGUGUCCAGAACCUACUACAGAGGCGGCGCUCCAGUGUUGCCUGCCUUGAGCUCAGCCCCUUCUUUCCCAUACUGUUGGUGGGUGGUGACAGAGGCUACUUGGUUACCUUCAAACUGUCGCCCAACUUGAGGAGGCCUCAUAAGGAGGCCAAGGGAGCUGAUGAGCAGAAGUUGAGGGAGAUCGAACUGGCCAAGAUGGAGAGAAUCAUCACCACAGCUAAAAUCUCAGCCAAAACGCAUUUCCAUUGA